UGAGGGCAAAGAGGUUAGGGAGCCGGCAUGGCGCUCCGGUCAAUAAAAUCGAUAGCUGGAAGCCGCCUGUGUUCCAGGCAAAGGCGGUGCAGUUGCGGCGCCGCCAUUUUCCCCAAAGGCAUCUUCCGGUGCCUUUCCCCCAAGUUAGGGCAGGAGUUUCCUGAAUAACAGUGAAAGGUUUCCGUUAGCCCGCAGGCGGCCGACUCCGACUCCCUCCCGGCCUCCCGGGCCGCGCUCAGUCCGGUCCGGCGCAGGCUCCUGGACCCCGGGGUCCGCCGGCGCCCGGGGCGCCGAGCCCGGGCUGGGGGGAGGCCGUGGCGCCGGCUUCUCGGCUCCAAUGGCGCCGCCUUCGGCUCCUCUCUCCGUGCGGGCACCCGGAGAGGCCAAAGCCGCUCGGAGAAGGGGAAGGAGGUCGCGGGCCCUGAAGUUCGCGGACGUGGCCGUGUACUUCUCCCCGGAGGAGUGGGGGUGUCUGCGGCCCGCGCAGCGGGCCCUGUACCGGGACGUGAUGCGGGAGAACUACGGCCACCUGGGCGCGCUCGGGUGCGCAGGUCCCAAGCCAGCCCUCAUCUCCUGGCUGGAACGCAAUACCGAGGACUGGGAACCCGCAGCCCUAGACCCGCAGGAGUACCCCAGAGGGCUGACGGCCCGGAGAAAAGCCAGGACGAGAAAGAACAACGGGGCGCAGGAUGCAUGCCCGCCCAAGGAGGCACCCCGGAAGGGGAGGCGAGGGCGACGGCCCAGCAAACCCCGGCUGAUCCCCAGGCAGACGGCUGGGGGCCCCAUCUGCCCCGACUGCGGCUGCACCUUCCCGGACCACCCGGCCCUGGAGAGCCACAAGUGCGCCCAGAACCUGAAAAAGCCUUACCCUUGCCCGGACUGCGGGCGCCGCUUCUCCUACCCGUCCCUGCUGGUCAGCCACCGGCGGGCGCACUCUGGCGAGUGCCCCUAUGUCUGCGACCAGUGCGGCAAACGUUUCUCGCAGCGCAAGAACCUGUCCCAGCACCAGGUGAUCCACACCGGCGAGAAGCCCUACCACUGCCCAGACUGCGGCCGCUGCUUCCGCAGGAGCCGCUCGCUGGCCAAUCACCGGACCACGCACACGGGCGAGAAGCCCCACCAGUGCUCCAGCUGCGGCCGCCGCUUCGCCUACCCCUCGCUGCUGGCCAUCCACCAGCGCACGCACACCGGGGAGAAGCCCUACACCUGCCUGGAAUGCAACCGCCGCUUCCGCCAGCGCACCGCCUUGGUCAUCCACCAGCGCAUCCACACCGGCGAGAAGCCCUACCCGUGCCCGGACUGCGAGCGCCGCUUCUCGUCUUCCUCGCGCCUGGUCAGCCACCGGCGCGUGCACUCCGGGGAGCGGCCGUACGCCUGCGAGCACUGCGAGGCGCGCUUCUCGCAGCGCAGCACCCUGCUGCAGCACCAGCUGCUGCACACGGGCGAGAAGCCCUACCCCUGCCCGGACUGCGGCCGCGCCUUUCGGCGCAGCGGCUCGCUCGCCAUCCACCGCAGCACGCACACCGAAGAGAAGCUGCACGCGUGCGACGACUGCGGCCGCCGCUUCGCCUACCCCUCGCUGCUGGCCAGCCACCGGCGCGUGCACUCGGGCGAGCGGCCCUACGCCUGCGACCUGUGCUCCAAGCGCUUCGCCCAGUGGAGCCACCUGGCUCAGCACCAGCUCCUACACACCGGGGAGAAGCCUUUCCCUUGCCUGGAGUGUGGCCGGUGCUUCCGCCAGAGGUGGUCUCUGGCGGUGCAUAAGUGUGGCACCAAGGCCCCGAACUGCAGCCCCAGGCCUGCUCCAGCGGGGCCCGGCCCGAGGGAGGACGCCCUGUAGAACGCGUGUGUCGCAUUUUGCCCAGAGGCCCCUAACAGGGAAAGGAGGAGCCCUAGGUCUUCCUCCCCGGGCAGAGGCGGAGCUAGAACCCAGGUGUCCCUACCCCGCAGCCUUGAACUUCAGUGCACUCCGCUGGCUGCCUUACUGAGUGUCUACGGGAGUCCCCUGAGGAGAGGCGGCAGCCUUCGGCUGAAGGUGUCCGAGCUCCCUGUCCUAGAAUAAUCUAUGUGUGGGGUAUCAGAGCUCAGCCGUCUGCGUUUCUAGUUUGUGCGUAUAAGGGUUACCUGCUCCCAGAAUUCCGUGUCUAGGGGGCAGGCCCCUCCUCUGCUCUGCCUCUUCCUCUCCCACCCCUGGCUUGAAAUCCUCCCUUGACGGGGAGCUCGCUACCUCCCAAGGCAGGUCAUUGCAUGGGAUAGCACUGGUCUUCAGAAAUUCUCCUCCGUAAACCUGGCCAGAAACGUGCUUAACACCUGGUGGACAUGGCGGCCCCUGGAUAACUCAGUUACAACUACCUUGCCCCCACUCCCCUGCCCCCAAUUUUCAGGUGAGAUAGCAUGAAUUUGGUCAAUCCUUCCUUAAAUACAGGGUUUCAAUUCCCACACCUGAUCGCUGUGUCUCCAGACAGGCACUGGCUUGACAAUGUCCCCUCUCCAGGUCAUACAACAGCAAGGCAGGACCACAGCGGCCAGCGCACAGCUCGUUGGUCUGUACUUGUUUUUGAAGUUCUAGGUUGUGUUGGUUUGGGGAGAGCUGCACUAUACCAGGGCUUUAUUGGGUUCUAGGCAUCUAAAUGCCUGAGGAAAUUGAAAAAACAAAACAAAAAAAAAGAAACAUGCUUCCAGUCAAGUCUUUCGCCGUGUGUUUGGAGAACUGGCUCGAGUUGGGGAUGGAACACAGUUGCAGGGCGCUGUGGGAGAAGGCUGAUCUUAAGGCACAGCACUGGGGUGGGGGUGGGGCCUAUGGUUGGGCCCUGGGAAUUGAAAUUGGGACAGCGUUGUGCUCCCUCUGGCGGACUGGGAUACGUUCCAGGCGGCUGCAGCUGGGAAGUCCUUGGAGGCUGGGUGUUACUUCUCCCUGGUUCUCAUCAGAAUCAGGGGAGUCAGCAUAGAACCUUCUCUGAGGCCUCCAUCAACAGUCUGUAAUAAAAUGAGGCGAGGCCGUUCAAGAAGGGCAGAAAGGUAGGGAACCGAACACAAGGAGGAAUCUGGCAUCAGCGGCAGCUGUGUCUGAAUCCUGGCUCAGCAUUCGCAGCUUUACCAAAUUAAAUGUGAACGCGGGGGCUGGGGUGACCGGGCAGUGGGUCAGGCGCCGCUAGCAACACUGGCAGUGCUAGUUGGAGUCCCAGCUGCUCUGCCUCCGAUCCAGCUUCCUGCUGAUGAGCCUGGGAAGGCAGCAGUUGAUGGCCUGAAGACCUGGGCCCUGCCACCCCUGUGGGACCUGGAUGGAGUUCCUGGCUCUUGGCUUUUGUAGUCAUUUAGGAAGUGAACCAGUGGAAGGAAGAUCUCUCUCUCUCUCUGUCUCUCUUUCUCUCUGACACUCUGCCUUUCAAAUAAAUAAACAAACCUUUAAGAAAUGUGAAUGAGGUCUACCAGCUGCACCAAAUUGGAAUGUCCCCAAAUCUCGCAUUCCGGCAGCUGGAGUGGGUUCUUCUGUUGCUUCCUCUUCCACCUCCAGAUCUCAGCCCGAGGGAGCAGCGGGGGCACACGGUAUUUUUUCACCUCCAUGUGGGGACUCAGCAAGUUGCAUUGUAACCUCUUCCUCCUUGGGUGAGCUACCCUCUACCCCAUACCACCUCAUACCGGAAUUGGGUCUCAUUAAAAUGUCUG